CCCACUCGCACCUGCCACCGCGCGGAUACCAUGUCGAAGGCGGCCGGAGGCGCGGCGGCGGCUGCGGCGGAAAGUUGUCCCCCAGCCCCUGCCUGCACGCCCGCCGCCGCCGUGGAGGACCUGUCCAAAGUGUCGGACGACGAGCUACUGCAGUGGAGCAAAGAGGAGCUGAUCCGCUGCCUGCGGCGCGCGGAGGCCGAGAAGGUGAGCGCGAUGCUGGACCACAGCAACCUCAUCCGCGAGGUGAACCGCCGCCUGCAGCUGCACCUCGGCGAGAUCCGCGGCCUCAAGGAUAUCAACCAGAAACUCCAGGAGGACAACCAGGAGCUGAGGGACCUCUGCUGUUUCCUGGAUGAUGACCGGCAGAAAGGCAAGAGGGUGUCCCGGGAGUGGCAGAGACUGGGCCGCUACACGGCUGGUGUGAUGCACAAGGAAGUGGCCUUAUACCUGCAGAAGCUGAAGGAGCUGGAGGUGAAGCAGGAGGAGGUGGUGAAGGAGAACAUGGAGCUGAAGGAGCUCUGUGUGCUGCUGGACGAGGAGAAGGGCGCGGGCUGCGCGGGCAGCCGCUGCUCCAUCGACAGCCAGGCCAGCCUGUGCCAGCUGGCGGCCUCCACGGCACCCUACGUGCGUGACGUGGGCGACGGCAGCAGCACCUCCAGCACUGGCAGCACCGACAGCCCCGACCACCACAAGCACCACUCCAGCAGUGGCAGCCCAGAGCACCUGCAGAAGCCCCGUGGCGAGGGCAGCUCCGACCACCACAAGCACCACUCCAGCAGCGGCGGCUCCGAGCUCCUGCAGAAGCCCCGAGGCGAGGGCAGCUCCGACCACCACAAGCACCACUCCAGCAGCGGCGGCUCCGAGCACCUGCAGAAGCCCCGUGGCGAGGGCAGCUCCGACCACCACAAGCACCACUCCAGCAGCGGCGGCUCCGAGCUCCUGCAGAAGCCCCACGGCGAGGGCAGCUCCGACCACCACAAGCACCACUCCAGCAGCGGCAGCCCAGAGCACCUGCAGAAGCCCCGCGGCGAGGGCAGCCCCGAGCACCCCAGGCACAGGAGCGCCAGCCCCGAGCACCUGCAGAAACCCAGGGCCUCCGGGACCCCCGAUCAUCCCAAAGCACUCAAAGGACCCAGCCCUGAGCACCACAAACCCUUGUGCAAGGGCAGCCCCGAGCAGCAAAGGCACCCGCACCCGGGCGGCAGCCCCGAAACGCUGCCCAAGCACGUGCUGAGUGGGAGCCCCGAGCUUUUUCAGAAGCACAGAUCCGGGGGCAGCCCUGAGCAUGCCAGGCACAGCGGAGGGAGCCCAGAGCAUCUGCAGAAACAUGGCCUCGGUGGGAGCCUGGAGCAUCUCCCCAGAGCCAGGGGCACCAGCCCGGAGCACCUCAAACAGCAUUAUGGGGGAAGCCCUGAUCACAAACACUUGGGAGGAGGUGGAGGCAGCGGCGGAGGCAGCCGGGAGGGCACCCUGCGCAGGCAGGCCACAGACGACAUGUCACCCCAUCACCGGAGCGUCUACAGUGGCAUGAACGAAUCAACAUUGUCCUAUGUUAGGCAGCUGGAGGCAAGAGUGAGACAGCUGGAAGAAGAAAGUCGCAUGCAGCCCCAGGCCCCACAGAAUAGAAGGCAACCUCCAACUAGAGACAGCUCAAAUGUGGAGAAAGGCUGGGGGCCCAGAGCCCGGCGAGUCUUGCAGUGGUGGCAAGGGUGCCGAGGAAUGGGACGAUGCCUGCCCACUCUCCCGGGUUCUUUUAGGUUGUCAUCAGGGGCUGAUGGGAGUAACAGCUCAGCCAGCUCUCCAGCUAGCUUCAGUGGACAUACCACCCCUUCUCAGCAGCCUGAACCCGUGGUACAUUCUCUUAAGGUCUUGGAUGUUCAGGAAACUAUAGAUCGUCAGCAGGGUAAAGAGUAUGAACAUGACCUUAGUGAGACAGAAAAAGCUAUAGUCAGAGAAAUGUGCAAUGUUGUGUGGAAGAAACUUGGCGAUGCUGCAGGUUCGUGUCCUGGAAUUAGGCAACAUUUGUCAGGAAACCAGUACAAAGGACCAAUGUGAGAAGCACUCGCCUUCAAACAUGAGAUCAUCACUGCCAGAGAGAGAUAAAAAAAAAGAAGAAAAGAGUGGAUUUCCACAAACCUGGACUCGUGAAAUAACAUGGAGUGAUUGUACAUUGCACAUAGUUCCCCUCUAAAACCGUUAGUCAACAUCUCCAAUCUAGCUGGUAUUUCGCAUCUCUCACUUCGAUGUCCACAACCGUCGAUCUCAACUUAGAUUUGAAAAUCACCUUUUUCUUGUCAAUAUGUUCAUUAGAACUAAAAGUUUCUGACUCCCCAGAUCUAAGAUUGUACCUGGGAAUCCUGCAUGAUGGGGAGAGUCCAGUGGAACCUCAGUAAUUGUGAUAGAUUUAACUCAUUGCAUACAACGGUAGGAGUUUCUACCAUGUUGUGUUGAUGGUAAGAAGGAAUUUCUUCCAGCUUCCCAAAUUUCAGUCAACAAAAUAGUACUUCCUGAUGCAUAAUUAAUUUUAGUGCAAGAUAAGGUUAGGUUUUUGGGUUUUUGUAUUGUUUUGAGGUGCUAAAAAUACCAUAUAAAUUCCCCUUACCAGCUAGAAGAGUAGCAAGACUGUAUAGAGUGCUUAUCAGAGAGUACCAUUUAUUUCAAUUGAUCAAAAUAAAUACAUCUUCUAUUUUCUUUUAAUUUUGAUGAAUACGCUCAUAAAGACACACCUUGAGGACAUAGGAACCUCCAGAUUCAUUCAAUAUACCCAUCGAUGUUAAUAGUAACAAUUUCAAAUAAAAAAUAAGCAAACAUAAUUUUUCUAGAGGUUUCCAAUGGUGAGAUGUCAAUUUCUACAAUUUAGUUUCUAGACAUGCUGUUAUAUUUAAUAAACUUUAUGUAAACUUUAAAAUAUUGCACUGCAUUUAUGAAAAAUAAAAAGCUUUCUUUGGCUACUGCGGCUGUCUAACGCUGUAGGAAACUAGCGCAUGUCCUUCAUUAUUGAGGCUAAAAGCUCUUGUUCAGAUUGCUUGAGGUUUGAAAAAAGGCGUGCUAGCUUUGCUUAGUUUCUUAUUUUUGCUAUAUAUACAUAAAUAUAUAUAAAACGCUAGACUGUGUGUGUUGGAAAUGCUACGAUAGGUAUUUUGUGUUUAUCCAAAUGCAAUGAUAGUUUCUUGUAUGAAUGUGCAAGGCCUGUGACAGAAUGCUGCUGAGUUUUUAUUGUAGUUUAAAAAUUAUACAAGUAGGAAUGCAACAAUUCCCAGUUGUCAGGUUUCUUCUAAAUUGCUCAGAUUUGAUCCAUAGCAUAUAUACUCUGUUGUUGUUGAUGUUGUUUUUUAAAACGAGCUUAUUACAGGAUGUAUUAAUUAUCAUUGGUGGAAGAAUGUAAAGGGAUUUGGUUCUACUUUAGAAACACGUUACUGUGGUGAGAAACCAGCCCUCUGUUCUCAGAAAAUAUUUAUGAAUUAAUUUACUCUAGAAAUAUCUAUGGUAAUUGGGUUGCCAUUUAAGCCAAUCUUUCUUUUAAAAUGUUAUGUAUUUUUUAAAUGUUAUUACUCUGUAGAAGAAAAUUGCUUGCCGUAUUUACACCUUCUCUUGCAGAAAAGCUUCAUCCUUAAAUUGUUGUAUUCCUAUACUCUGAAGACACUUAAAACAAGGUUUUGUGCCUGCGGCAGAGCCUGCAGAAGCUAAUACAAGAGACACUGGUCUUUUGACAAAAUACUUGUGUAAAUUUUGAUACUGUAUUAAAACUAUUUUUUUAAAGUUCUGCAUAAAAUUGAGUAUCAAGUAUAUGUGUUCACCUUAGCAAUGAUAAUAAAUUAUUUAAUCUCACAGUGUUUUCCUUUUUUCUUUUUCCUUCUUCAAAAUGUUUUUCCUAAAUUGAGUAGAUUUCUAAUAGUCAUUGGAUAUCACGAUGCUCCUGUGUGAUGGUGGUUAGGACACUAUUACAGAUGAUUCAUUAUUUUAAAUGUAAAACAAAGGCGUGUUUUUAAAUGUGAGCCCUGAUGGCUGAACAGUUAAAGCGCUUGGCUGCUAACUGAAAAGUCAGAGGUUCGAACCCACCACUCGCUUGGUGAGAGAAAAGACUUGGCAAUCUGUUCCCAUGAAGAUUAUAGCCUAGGAAACCCUAUGGGGAAGUUCUCCUUUGUCCUAUACGGUUUCUAGGAGUUGGAAUCCACUCGAUGGAACAACAAUAACACACAAAAAAGGGGGAAUUUUCAGAGAUUCCUCAGUUCACAUUGUUUUCCAUUAUAAAGUAGUUUAAAAUGUAGAGUGAUGUGUAUCUUUAAAAUUAGUUUUGACAUAUAAAAUGUCUGCUUGUUCUUUUAAUUCGUGUAGAUUUAAGUAUAAUUUCAUCCAAUUAUUGUUAUUAAAUUGUUGCUAUUAUUAUUAAAACCAACAUCAGAAAGAAAUACACUGGAAAGCUAAUAUCGGCUAAAGAAACGGACAACCUACACUCUGUAUUGAAGAAGUUUGCGCAUUAUUGGGGAAAGGUAGAAUGUAGAAAUAUGACCAAGACCUAAGAACAUCAAUAGGAAACACACACACACGCACAAACACUCAGAGAGAGAACACACACACCCUUCUUUGUAAGCAGUGAUGAGACUGUAAUGAGGCUUCCUACACUUAAAAAGAGCACUAAAUAACAGAGUAGAUGGACAGCCCAAAGCCUGAAUCUUGCCACUACUCAGUAGACUUAUCAAUCACUGUGAGUGGCAUCACUCUCUCAGGUGGCCAGCCUAACAGUUUAUGAUCUCAUUUUCCCUGGGACAGGGGUUAAUUUACAUAUCUUGGCAGAAUAUUUUUACC